UUCCCACUGAGUCUUGACCAUGCACUUCUUCCUGUCAUAGCACUCAACGUCGCGCGCGGUAUUUUGAUAAACUACUGAAUUAUAUUAGCCAUGCAGACUUCCACGUCCUCACCUUCUAGUUGCCCUGGUCUAGGCGUCAGUAGUAGUAUUGUUGGUUUCCUGCCGGAGUCUCUUAUUCCUACAUCCCUCCAGCAACAGACCCCCCAUUUCUCCUGGAUUGACUUGUUCCCCUCUCGAAAGCUACGCGACAAUCUGAUCUCAGCGUUCGUAGAAGGACUUAUAGAUGAAGGAGGUUUGGUUGCCGAUUUGACUGGGAAUAUAUUGAUGAGUUGGAUUGCAGUAGCCCUGCAGCCCAAGUGGCAUCUGAAAAGUUGAUUGAAUCGGGGCCAUUGAGUAAGGCUGAUGAAGUAUUAUUUGUUUCAACUGGGUGUUCAAAUAAGUUUGCAGCUCGGGAGCUCGGUAUCGUGGCUUGGUCUAACCCCUGGCUUACCAGUGGAUUGGAGAUUACUGAAGCCUUCGCGCAGAAGCGGGGUUUUCUGCUGAAAGGAUGCACGGAUAUUGUUUUUGCGGCCAAUCAAUGGAUGGAAAGGAGAGAUGAAGAGCCAUUGGUGGUUGUGGUGUAGAAAGAAAGCAUAUGAGUAAUGCAAAAUCCAAGAUCCCCAAUGUAUUGGAAACACGGUGAAUCCAUAAUUACCUGUCCG